AUGUCCAGUCUUCACGAGCUCCUUGACCGACAGCGACCAGGACGAUGGCAGGAAUUCCGCGCCCGGCCUUGUGUCUUCCUCGCAAAAAUGCUUUAUGGUUGGUAUGAGCCUAUUCCAGCUACACCACUCACAAAACCUAUCGCGAUUGUCUGUAUCUCCGAUACCCACAACACCCAAACUGACGUCCAUGAUGGAGACAUCCUCAUCCAUGCUGGUGAUCUUACACAAUCUGGGUCUUUUCAGGAACUUCAAGAUUCGAUAACCUGGCUACGCAGCCUACCUCAUCCCACCAAAAUUGUGAUUGCUGGCAAUCAUGACCUACUACUUGAUUCAGCGCGGGAUGAUGUGUCUGGUCGAGCAGCCUCCGAGCGAGCUCAAAUCGACUGGGGAGAUAUAAUCUACCUCGAAAACGAGGAGAUAACAAUUUAUUGCCCAAAUGGUCGUUAA